CAACAGUAACGUGAGAUGCACUGAAGCGUCAGUCUUUAUGCAGUUACGAUUUGUUUUGCAACAACUCUGCUAACUUGAGUGACGUGGAUAGACUACAGUUCACUCGAACAAUUACGAAAUUUACCGAAGUCAAUUGGAUUGGUUAGGUUAGAUCAGUAUAAUAAAUAAUAGAUUUUUUUUUCAUCAGAGAGGGUACGUUAGGUUAUCGCAGCUAAAAUGAAAUGGUUAGGUUAGAUGGUGUUUUUUUUUUUUUUUUAACGAGUGAUCGGCAAAGUUCGGAGAACUUCGGAACUUCUCGGGCGUGGCUCUCAUCCCUGUGAACUGUAGACUUCCCCCGAGUGAAUUCAACCUCAGAGCAGACAUCCGCCGCCACGUACUCCGGCCAUUGUUGGCGAUCGGCAAAGUUCGGAGAACUUCGGAAACGUUCGGGUGAGGUCUCUCAUCCCCGCUUCCCCGGAGUGAAUCCACCAACCUCGGAGCAGACAUCCGCCGGCCACUGUUGGCAACGCCGCGCGGCGAGGCGCGUGUCCAUGGCAACGCGGCGACCGGGGUCCAGGGACAGGCCCGCGCGGGGCCACAGCCGCCGGAGAGGGGGGGACCUGGAGGGAUGCCGUUCCUGAAGACCCCUCGCCGCGGGGUGGAGCAGCUGGGAGUCCGCGCUUCGGCGGAGCUGGGGUCCUUCAAGUCGGGCCUGCGUCGCGCCGUCUACUUCCCCGGCGACGGCAGGUUCGUCGGCGAGUGGGAGGACAACCUGCGUCACGGCAAGGGCGCGCAGCACUCCGGCUCGAGUCUGUACGAGGGCGACUGGCACCGGGACCAGCGGCACGGCUACGGCGUCCUGAGCCGCGAGCUGUGCGAGGGCAGCUACGCCAUCAGCUACGCCGGCGGCUGGGCGCACGGCAAGCAGCAGGGCCGCGGGGUGAGGCACUACCCCGACGGGGGCAUGUACGAGGGCGGCUGGGAGGCCGGCGCGAGGAGCGGUCACGGCCGCAUGUGGUUCCCCGACCACACCUUCUACGAGGGCGGCUGGCUCGACGACACCUUCCAUGGCCUGGGGCUCUUCGUCCAAGCGGACGGCAACCGCUACGAGGGCCGCUGGGAGCGGGGCGCACGCAGCGGUUACGGCCGGUACUACCACCUAGGCACCGGCCAGCUGCAGCGGGGCUUGUGGCGGGAUGGUGUGGCCGUGCAGAGCACCGUGGAGGACAUAGCUUACCGGCAGUCCGCCCUCCAUCCCACGCCCUACCCCAUACCCAAGGUGGAGGUGAUGGAACCAAACAAAAUAGUUAAUGUAGUUGAAGAUGAAGAAGAGCAACCAAGUUUGAACUCUGAAAACAACAGGGUAAAUGGAAGACGAUGUAAAGUAAGAAUAUGGCAGGGGUGACUACUGGUAGUGAAUUUGGAGACCGGGCUUCAGGCCUCGUGAGAGGUAAGAUGUCACUCUUAUAAUGGUAUGUCCUUGUAUGGGAAAAGGGUUAGAUUUGUUUGUUUUCUAUAGAAGCAUUCAAUUCUUCGAUAUUGAAUAUUAAAUACCUUUUUUUUGAUGUUAUAUUACUCUUUUUCAGCUAACAUAACUUCUAAGAUUGCUUAAGUUUAAAGUCAAAGGAUUAAAUAAUUAU